CAGGCAUCGGGUCCCCAGGCGGAGAGGCGGGCGCCGGACCCCCAGGCGGAGCGACAGGUCUCGGGCCCCCAGGCGGAGCGGCGGGCGCCGGACCCCCCAGGCAGAGCGACAGGUCUCGGGCCCCCAGGCGGAGCGGCGGGCGCCGGACCCCAAGGCGGAGCGACAGGUCUCAGGCCCCCAGGCGGAGUGGCGGGCGCCGGACCCCCAGGCACGACAGUGGGCUCCGAGUCAACUGGCAUGACUGCUGGCACUGGGUCAGACAUUGGAUCGUCUGGCUGGACAGCGGGCAUCGGGUCACCAGGCAUCAGGUCAUCUGGCUCGACAGCGGGCACCGCGUCAUCUGGCAAGGCAGUGGGCUCCGAGUCAACUGGUAUGACCGCGGGCACUGGGUCAGACAUUGGAUCGUCUGGCUGGACAGCGGGCAUCGGGUCACCAGGCAUCAGGUCAUUUGGCUCA